GGCUCUUCCAAAAAGCAUUCAUCUAACCACCAUGACAUCCCGUCCCGGCAAACGAGUCGCCAUCGUGGGCGGCGGCCCUGGAGCAAUUUCCACCGGCCUGGCAUUUCUCCAGCGUGGCUACGAUGUGUCCAUCUACGAGCUACAGCCAGUCUGCAAAGCCAUUGGCGGCGCAGUCCUUCUCUCCACCCCCGUACUGGCCAUUCUUCGAUCCUACGGCUUGGACCUAACCAACGUGGGCGCCCCUACAGUGACCUACUUCAAGAACAAGGCAGGGACCGACCGAGUCAAGCUGCCCUUCAACACCGAAGUGGAACGACGAAUGGGCAUCAAAGGCUGGCACUAUGGUGUUCUCCGCUCCUCCAUCUUCCAGAAAAUGCUGGACCUGGUUUUUGAGGGGGUAAUUCACGCGGACCACAAAUUCACAUCCUACAUCAAGCACGACGACUACAUCGAGCUAUUCUUCAAAAACAGCCACCGCGUCACAGCUGACAUCCUCAUUAGCACCGAUGGAAUUCGCUCCAAAUGGGUGGUCAAGCCCUCCUGGAAGGGGAAGCCCGUCCCAGACAAUCUAAAAGCCUAUCUCACCUCCAUUCUCAAAGACUGGGCCCAACCGAUACCUCGCUUUCUAGAAGUUACCAACUUCACCACCCACGUCUACCGCUGGGAGAUAUACAACCGACCCUCCAUGAAGACCUGGUCCAGCGGACGAGUCGUCUGCGUCAGGAAUACCAUGCACCCUGUCUCCCCGUACGCCGCAUACGGCAUGGGAAUAGCCAUCGAAGACGGCUACUUUCUCGCCCGAGAGCUCGACGGCGUGGAUCUGCGUGAUGUCCGGGCCGUGAGUGCCGGAUUCGAGCUGUAUGAGAAGUUACGCGUCGACUAUGUGAACCAUCAUAUGGAGUUUGCGCGGUUUUCGGGACACCUGUUUCAUUCGGUGCCGAGGCCGUUGGCGUACUUGCGCGAUUGGGUGUUUGAUUAUACGCCGUUGUUGAGUGGUUUGUUGAAGAGGAAUUAUCUCAGGGAUGCGGAGGAGCAGUCGCUACGGUUGACGGAGUUGCAGGUGUGCUGA